AUGACCUGGACCCGACAAUUGCCCGUGGUUCUUUGCGGCAGGAAUUCCGAGGUCAGCGCCUGGGUCACAAAGGCCCUGCAACCCGAGUAUCAAGUGAUACGAUCGAUCCUGUGUGAAAAGGCUGGCCAGCGCGAGAUUCCAAGUUUGCUGGCGGAGAGUCCAGGGUUUGGCUCUGUUGGGACCGCCGAGGCCCCCGUAGCCGUGGUAGUGGGUGGCGGCUACAGCCAAGAAGAUUUGGAGUUGCUUCGGGCUGCCUGUCAGGGUCUCAGGCCGGUUACCUGGGUGAAGGUGUUGCCGAAAGGCUCGCUCUCGUCUUUGCCGCCUCCGUCAGAAUACGGGUCGGAGUUGGGGGAGAGAAUUAAGCGAUAUUUGAAUCAGCUCGAAGAGAAGGGCCAGCUAGGUGAAGACUGUGUUCACGGCAUAUGA